UUAUAGUUCUUUUGCUGUUAUUAUUCAUCUUGUUAUUUAGUAUUUUUUUACCAGAUUUGCAUAUUUCCAGACUUUCAGAUGUUAUAUGACUAUUAGGUAUAUACUAAGCCCUGUUUUGGCAAAAGCUGCAUGGAGCAUUAUCCAGUGUUCCUAUAAGAAAAAACAAUAACAAUAAUAAUUGUUUGGCUUGAUAGGGGGCAUCAAGAACAACUUUUAAAAUGGAAGCUAAAAGCAACAUACGGCACAUGACAGCUGAUGAGACUGGAGAUGAUGACCAAAUCAAUGAAGCGUUGUCUGGUAGUCAAGCUGAUUCAUUAGAGUCCCUGCUAAUCAGUCCUCAAACAGUUUUGGCUGAGAACCCUGGCAUCAGUGUGAUAAGUGCAGCAUUGCUCAUCACAAAUGCAGCUCUUGGUGCAGGUUUACUCAACUUUCCCUUGGCUUUCCAUGAGUCAGGAGGUCUUGUACCUGGAAAUUUUGUGCACCUGUUUUUUGUUCUGGCAACGGCUGGGUCCCUGUACAUCCUAGCAAUGACCGCUGACAGAUUCAAGAGCCGGACUUAUCAGGAGAUGGUGAGUGAUCAGUGUGGAGUAUGGGCUGGUCAUUUUGCUUCAGCCUGCAUUGCUCUCUAUUGUCUCAUCACAUGCAUCACUUUCAUCAUCAUUGUAGGCGACCAGACUGACAGAUUUUUUGCAGACUUUGUGGGUCCAAACUUCUGUGAGAGCUGGUGGCUCCAACGCCGCUUCACCAUGUCCCUGGCUGGUGUUGCUGUGCUGGCGCUGUCGCUCUUCAGAGAUAUGGCAAAACUUGUCUCCAUGGGAUAUCUGGGGAGCGUUUUCAUGGUGUACCUUGUGGUGGUGGUCGUUGUAGUGUGGAGGAUUGGUGGCUACCAACCAGGUGAAGUGGUUGUGUUUGACAAGCACAAAAUGCUGCAUCUCUUCAACGUACUCCCUACCAUCUGCUUCGGCUACCAGUGCCACGUGAGCAGCGUACCAAUCUACCACAGCAUUCGUGAUCGAUCCAAGAGCAAGUACUUCAUGGCGUGCACGCUGGCCAUGGCGGCCUGCGCGCUGGUCUACUCACUGGCCGCCAACGUCGGCUACCUCACCUUCGGCUCUACCGUCGCCGACGACCUCCUGCUCAGCUACGACAACGACCAUCGCGGCGCUGUCGCGGUAAGCGUUGCGGUCAUCGCGUUGGCGCUCAAGUCCAUCGCGACUUACCCCGUCCUCAUGUUCUGCGUCAGGGAAGCUGUGGUGAGCUUCUAUGUGAGUGCCCGCGACCUUUCCCCAGCCGACGCUCAGCGCACGGAGCCCGUCAGGAGAUACGUUGUGGUGGUGCUGCUGUGGUUAGUUAGUCUCGGUGCAGCCCUGCUUGCGGAGAGCAUCGCUUCUGUCGUCAAACUCCUCGGAUCCCUGGCAUCUUUCUUCAUAUUCAUCCUCCCUGGCCUCUGCUUGCUGGCGGAGAGCAACAGAAUGUCUGACGAAAGAACAGCAUCAGGCCCGACCCCCCACAUUCUCCAGGGCGUGCGACACGCGUCCUCGUGGGGUACGACUCAGGUGUUAUUCGCGCGCAUCGUGGCGCUCACCUUCAUCUCGCUGGGGGUGUUCACGUUCGGGCUGUCCGUCACCAUGGCGGGUAUGAGCGCCUUCUCCUCCAGCAGCAGCAGCGCACCUCUGUGUGUCGUAGGCGACAACUCAAGUUACUCGUCCAUAGAUGUGCUCGAGCGUUAUAGGUUCAGCUGGCUGCCUAGUUAUCCAUAUUAAAUUAUUCUUACAAUUUACUAUGUUUCUAAGGCAAAUUGCUACUACGAAUUUUACGUUUUUAAUUCGAAGUGUCAAUGGAUUAUUAGUAUAUACAAUAACUCCUCAACGAUCAUUUUUCAAACUUUUAUAAGUUAAGUUGUAAUUUUUUUUCUCGCCUCUGAAAAGCGUAAAAGCACCAAUUGAAAACAUUUUCAAAUGAUUUUAUUUUCAACAAUUGCUUGUGGAAUUCAUCUUCAUGUCAAUAAACGAUACCUUAGAUUGCAGUAUGUGCUAGUAGUAAUCAUUGCAAUUUGGAAAAGACCAAAAUAAUUGUUCUAUUUGCCAAAGUUUCUUAAGCGUAUUGAACUCAAGGUCUCCAUGGUGCAUAGCAUCUCUGAUCUCCGAAUUUCCUGCCUGUGCCAUUGCGUUUAAAUCUACUUCCACUUUGUUGGAGUUUUCUUGGGAAGCCGAAUCUCAAAGUUCUCAUUCUUGCCCAUCAUUUGAGCAAGAUGCAUCCAUCAUCUUCUUGCACCGCACGACUCGUUAAAAAACAUUUUUCAUGUCCAAAAUCUUAAUAAAGUGAAUCUCGAAUGAAUGGUAUUAAUAAAUUACACGCAUUUACUUCUUCCGAUAUUUUUAUCAUGUCUUAUUUUAAUAUGGUUAUGGUGUACGAAAUAUAUAUUUGUCGUUCGUCCUUUUGUAAAUAUCUUCAAAAAUACUCAUUUCACUUUGUGGGUGCGAGCAUGAGCCUUCAUCAGUUAUUGAUGACACUCUUCAUUUUUUGAUGCGAUCACUAUUUAUUUAACUUAUUGAACAUUAUUAUAAUUAUUCUCAAUUUUGAUAAGUUCUUCCUUUGCCUGUCGUAAUACUAUAUGUACGCCGAAAUUUUCCACUAUGUCGUAAAAAGUGUGAUAGUUGUACAAUAACUUGUUUGUCUCAACAAUAAAGCAGAUCAAAUUU